ACGCAGCCGACCCAAUACCCCCAAAUGUCUUUUUAUUUCUUGUUUUUCUUCUCUACUCAAAAAAAUUAUUCACGCAAUUGAUGGUCGGUUUGUAUCAUAAUGAAAAAUUGAAGUCAUCAAUGGAGGUCACCGGGGCCCUCUCCUUCCCUCUAUUCUCCUCUAUUAAUACCCUCACAACACCAGCUCGAGCUCAUAUACACUUUCUACUCAUUUAUCUCUCUCUUUAAGAGUUGUUGAAUUUUCUAAUUUCUGGUUUUGGUACUUGUGAGAGUGAAUGAUGGAGAACAAAGAGGAGGACGUGCGAGUCGGGGCCAACAAAUUCUCCGAGAGGCAGCCGAUCGGGACGGCAGCGCAGAGCGAGGACAGGGACUACAAGGAACCGCCUCCGGCGCCUCUGUUCGAGCCUGGGGAGCUGACCUCGUGGUCGUUUUACCGAGCCGGGAUAGCCGAGUUCAUAGCCACUUUCCUCUUCCUCUACAUCACUAUCCUGACGGUGAUGGGAGUUAGCAAGUCCGAAUCCAAGUGCUCCACGGUUGGGAUACAGGGCAUCGCCUGGGCUUUUGGCGGCAUGAUAUUUGCCCUUGUCUACUGCACAGCCGGGAUCUCUGGUGGUCACAUUAAUCCGGCAGUGACAUUUGGGCUGUUCCUGGCCAGAAAACUGUCUCUGACCCGGGCAGUUUUCUAUAUGGUGAUGCAGUGUUUGGGGGCCAUCUGUGGUGCUGGUGUGGUGAAGGGCUUCGGUCAGAGGCUUUACCAGAGCAAUGGUGGAGGGGCGAACGUGGUGGCCCACGGAUACACCAAGGGCUCUGGCCUUGGGGCCGAAAUUAUCGGUACCUUUGUGCUUGUUUACACUGUUUUCUCAGCCACUGAUGCCAAACGCAGUGCCAGGGACUCUCAUGUUCCGUGGAUAUUCUGGGUUGGACCAUUCAUUGGGGCAGGACUUGCAGCUCUGUACCACGUUGUGAUAAUCAGAGCUAUUCCAUUCAAGUCCAAGUGA